CAAAUUUUAAAACAAUCCUGAAAAGUAGCUGUCAAAACAUCGUAUUUAUUGAAUAACUCAGGUCAGAUGGAGGAAGAAAUUAACCUUCAAGAUCAAGCACUACCAGUUGCUGAUCUUGAUGAGGACUUUGACCUCGAUAUUCCGCCUACAACUGCACAAGAUUACCUGCGGCGUGUGUAUUUGGAAGCCAAGGACUGCCCUGCUGUUGUGGUUGCAUCCAUUGAUCCAAGUUUAGUAAAAAAGAAACAAACAUUCCAAGUCAGUAAUAGCACAGGCUGUUCUCCUUGCCCACUCGGCUUUGCUCUUAGUCAAUCAUGGCAGAGACAACAAGUGGCAGACUUUUCUGAAGUAAGGCAGGUGUUGGCAAAGUGUAAAUCCACAGAGGAAAAGUCAAGGAAAUCGAGCCCGCCUCCUUUGUUGGAUUUAGACGAUGUUGAAGGGUGGUGUAAGCUGUGCUUUGGACGAAUGGUGGUCGAUAAACACAAAGACAUAUUACCAGAUGGAUCAGAUGGAGAAUCCAUAGAACGGCCUCCAAAAUUCAACUAUGAGGAUGGGACCCCUCCGCUUCUUAGUAUCAUUAGUAAAAUGGACCAGCCGGCGGUGCUACAAGUUUUAGAAUAUCAUGUUGACUGGUUUGAGGCUACUGGAUUUACCACAGAACAGGGCCGAUGGUUCUAUGCCCUUCUUGCCAGUGUAUCAAAACCACUUUCACCAGAAACGUGUUCAUUACUUCGCAGGCUAUCAAGGAAUUGUUGGAAUCUACGUGCAGUUUUAAUAAAAGAUGAUCCUCAUCUGAUACCGCUCAACUUGCUCAUCGCUUUAGUCGGCCGUUAUUUUGAUCAAACGGAUAUGGCAGAUCAAGGAUGACUCGGAUGAAUUCUAGUCGGACAUUACAUUGUUUUAAGUAGACUGGCAUACAAAGGUCUUGGCCAGAUUUUUUUAUCCCAACCUCAGGAUGUGCUAGUAAAGUGGAUUCACCUCCAGGACUCUUCAGACUAUUUCAUCAUGAUGUCAUACAUAUAAUCACGUUAGAUCUAAAAAAAUGGAUGAAUGAAAUGGAAUAAUAGCCUGCUGUAAGUUUAACUCAGAUGUUUUUUAAAUAAAAGUUUUAGUAAAAUAA